AUGCAUUCAUUACUUCGAACAACCACUACGGUACUUGGCUGGGCAGCAGCUGUCAAUGCCUACGACGUAACAUGGGAUGACAAUAAAUCUAUCGAGAAGGCUGCGGGCCAGGCAGCUUAUGGCUUGGUAAAAUACUACACAGGAAACAACACCGGCGAUACACCAGGAAACUUGCCAGAUCCCUACUACUGGUGGGAGGCUGGCGCGAUGUUCGGUACUCUCGUUGAUUAUUGGUGGCUCACCGGUGACGACUCUUAUAACAACAUCACAAAACAAGCCAUGAUUCAUCAAGCCGGCACAGACGGCGAUUACAUGCCCGAUAACCAGACAAUGACCGAAGGAAACGACGACCAAGGCUUCUGGGCAAUGGCUGCAAUGUCAGCAGCUGAGCAUCAGUUCCCAGAUCCUCCUGAGGACACACCCGGAUGGCUCGCACAGGUUCAAGCUGUCUUCAAUGAGUACGUCAGUCGCUGGGACGCAGACUACUGCGACGGAGGUAUGCGUUGGCAGAUCUUUAAGUGGAAUACUGGUUACGACUACAAGAACGCCAUUUCCAAUGGCUGCUUUUUCAAUGUCGCUUCUCGUUUAGCGCUGUACACAGGUAACGACACUUAUUCGGACUGGGCUGAGAAGUUGUGGAAGUGGCAUGAGGAUUCUGGGAUCAUCACCGAUAAGUUUGCAGUUCAGGACGGUGUUCACAUCAGCGAUGCUAAAGGAAAGAAAUGUACCGAUAUCGACAAGACACAGUGGUCCUACAACACAGGCAUCUUCCUCCACGGCGCCGCGGUCAUGUACAACCUUACGUCGAGUGACAGCUGGAAGAAGCGAGCAGACGGCCUCCUCGAUGAUGUUUUCAACAAAUUUGUCAAAGAUGAGAUCAUCUACGAGCAAUUUUGCGAACCUCACAAACAGUGCAGUCAAGACCAACAGAGCUUCAAGGGAUAUCUUGCACGGUGGCUAGCAGCCACCACGCAACUGUAUUCUUCAACAAACGACAAGAUCAUGAAGCUCAUCAAGACAAGUGCCCAGGCCGCCGCUAAAAUCUGCACAGGCUCACCCACAGAGGGUUACAAGGGGCCUGCAGGCACAGCAUGUGGCUUCUCUUGGACGACGGGUAGCUUUGAUGGUUCUGUUGGAGUUGGUCCCCAGAUGAACGCCCUCUCGAUCAUCAUGUACACGCUGGUGGAGAGUGCCAAGGGGCCUGUCACCUCCAAGACCGGUGGAACAUCCAAAGGAAACCCGGGCGGUGGAAAUACGGACAUUAACGACAGUGAUGGAACCCCUCCAAUGAAGGACAUCACCACGGCUGAUAAGGCUGGUGCAGGUAUUCUGACGUUCCUUUUCCUUGCCGGUGUCAUCGGGGGUGUUUCAUUCUUGGUUAUCGACUUUUAG